UAAUGUUUAUAUAUUUGUGUGCACAAAUUGAGAAUUUUUGAAGUUAGAUACCGCAUAGGCGCAUACAGUGGAUGAAAAGAUGCGAAAACCUAUAUUGAAUAUUCUACGUUGUUCAUCUUUGUAUUUGAGAAGUUUGUGUAGAAGUCAUGCAAUAACUUCAACUGCGCAGGUUGAAAAUACUGGCAAUUUUUCUUUGGAGGAAACACAAGGUCAGCCUUGGAAACUUUUUCUUUCACCUGUUGACACAGCUAUUGCACACUCUGUGAGCUGUGAUUUUCAAAUGGAUAAAGGCAUUGCUAAGCAAUUUCUCAAACAAUAUGGAAACUUUAAUGAGUUAAUAGAGAAAGGUUUAGAUUUCCCAGAAGGUCGUGAAGUGGGAAAAAUUGGUGUAUUACAAACUAAAGAACGAUUUGUUUAUUAUUUGAUAACUCGGCCUAAAUGGUGGGACUCAAGUACUCUCAGAGCAAUGGAACAAUCCCUACAUUCAAUGCAAUCUCACUGUAUUCAGAAUAAUGUAAAGAGGUUAGCUAUCCCCAGAAUUGGAGCUCAUUAUGACAGAUUGGAAUGGGACAAAGUUAGAGGUUUAAUUACUGAUAUAUUUCAACAUUCAAACAUCACAAUCACAGCAUAUACUCAUAGAUAGUGUUAUUGUAAAGUACAUUGAAACCUAUCAGUUCAAACCUUGAAUUUACAAUAGAUGCAUGAUAUGAAGAACCUGUUUAUUACACACUCCAUAUGAUAAAUGAGUUCAUUCUCAAAUAAUCAUCUUAACCUGGUCCACAAUUUUUCAUAUCCACUAACAAAAGGAGUAGAUUGCGGUGUAAGACUCUGGUCCUUCCAUUGCCUCUCUCCGGCUGCACUUCAUAAACGGGACAGUCGGCACCACGACGCUUGACCACAACGUGUAUUUCAUCCUCCCAUGUAUUGAAUCAUGUCUUCUGGUAGUCUGGUGAGAGUAUCUGCAUCUGCAUUACUUUUCUCCGGCCGAUAACGUAUGGUAAAUUGAAAAUCUGCAAGUUCUCCUAUCCAACGAAGACCGGUGACAUUCAAUUUAGCCGAAGAAAGGACGUACGUCAACGGGUUAUUGUCAGUAUAGACGACGAAGCUGGAAGUCUAGUACAAGUAGUCUCGGAAAUGCUCACAAAUAGACAAUUUCAGUGCCAAGAAUUCUAAUAUGCCGGAGUGGAGAUGAUAACUCUUCUCUGCUGGUCUCAACGUUCUAGAUCCAUAUGCAAUCACACGCAAGGUACCUCCCUGUUCUUGAUAAAAGUCCGCUCUCCAAGCAUCACUAUGAAGUACGUAUGGUUUAAUGUGAGGGUCGGGAUAUGCGAUGACUGGUGUACUCACAAGGUUCACACUGGUGUUCACACUCAACUUCAUCGUUGUCGGUUAGUCAUCUGCCGGUUGGCUUCGUCGUCCCACCAGUGACUGAAGAAGAUUAAGAACUGCGACAAUGUGCGCUAAUAUGGCGAAACUGUCCGCACUGCAUUGAAUAUAAACCAUAUAUAAAAUUAACAAAAAUUAACGAAUGGUCAAGCGACGAAGAUCUAAGCUAGCUGUUUAGUGUGGCUUACGUGUCGACUCGAAUGCUUGGACAUGCAAGCAUUUGUACCAUAACAAUAAUGGGUAUGAGCCUACACGUAAGAGCGAUUAGGCCCUGUCUACACUAGUGCGUUUUUGUUUGUAUGCGGUUUCGCAAGACCGAAAACGCAUCGAUCGAUUCGCGUUCAUACUACCAUUUUCGUAGCGUAUUCGACUGUUCACACUAAAACGCUUGAAUACGAUGACCGGAUCGUAGUCUGACGUAAAACGGUAAUUUGCGCAUGCUCGGCAGUACACACUUCCUUUAUAAUUUUUAUCCCUAAAUACCUAAAUCUUUUCGUUGGUCUGCAAGACCGAUUUUUUGCUCGAAUUGGACCUGGAGAAGGCCCAGAUAAAAUGUAUGCUCGUAAGACAGCUAUUUGUCUUCGGUGUAAAGCCAUCAUGGCGUUAUACAACGCAACAUUUAACUACAAACAAACAAUUAUGUUUGCUAGAAGCAUGAGAAACUCCAUAUCGUGCUCGUCCGCCAUGUUUGGUUAGAAUUAUGCCGCGGAUAACUGACUUAAGACCUGAAAUGAGUGGCAAUCACUGGUGGCAAUCGAUGCGUGUGACGUAAUCGUUUUCAAAAGUAUCGUUUUUAAGUGUUCACACUAAUACGAUAUGUGCGUUUUCAUUUGUAUUCACUUUCAACAGCGUAUUCAAAUCGAUGCGUUUUCGGUGAAUACGCUGAGCGUAUUCGAGCGUAUUAGUGUGAACGGAAGGCCUAAACGCAUCGAAAUGUAUGCGUUUUCAAACCAAAACGCACUAGUGUAGACAGGGUCUUAGACACUAAUGAUGAAUUCCUUACAAAACGGGUAGAAAAUAAAAAACAGCUAAACUGCGUAUCGCAGUUAUUUAUUA